AUGUCAAAAGCAGAGAUAAAUAAGAAUUUGUUUGUGGAUAAGUCACUCGCCCCAAAUGAGAGUGGUAUAAUAGAUAUCGGAAAGAACUGUUCCAAAUGCAACCAAUUAGACUUUCUUCCAUUUAAGUGUGAGUUUUGCAAUUCUGUCUUUUGUUCUAACCAUCGUACUUUAGAAAGUCAUCAGUGCCCUGGUUUGAGUAAGGUAGAAAAAGGUAGAAAGCAUGUGAACUACGCGGGGCCGACGGCCUCUUCGUUGUUUCCAGAUAGGGAAGCUGAUAAAAAGAAAGUGAACGAAACUAUAACUAAGAGUGUACCGAAAGCGACCAACAUAUUAGAGAAGCAAUUUCGAGUUGGAGACGUUGCAUCUUUGACUCCAAAUGCAUUUUCAAAGUUUAAUAAAUUUCUUAGAUUACAAAAGAAGAAAGGUACUAGUAGUAAGAAUAGUGUAUUUGGAAGAGUUUUUGGAUCUUCUUCUGUUUCUGCAUCGGCUUCAUCUUCAAAAAAUAGAGUUUCUGAAUUAGCAAUUUUAAGGAAAGGUGCCAAAGGCGAUAUGAAGAUUACUUCGAACAAUAGAAUCUAUUUAUGGUGCUUGUAUGUCAAUCCUCAAAAUACGCAGUCGGAUUCUGAAGAGUCAGAACUAUUUGAAAAAAUUAAUAUAGAACGAGAUAGGCACCCUUUGUUUGUAUCUCGUGCCUGGCCGGUUGGAAGAGCUUUAGAUUCAAUCGCAGAUCACUUGAGCAUUCGCAAUUUGAAUAAUUCGACAAGAGAUUCGAAGGAAAGGCUUUACAUGUUUCAGUUGAAUGGUGAGUCUCCUAAUAUGAUUAAUACUUCGGAAAGAUGUGAAAAGGCUUUCAAAAAUGGCGAUGUGGUAUAUUUGGUCCGUGGCAGUAUUUGA